UGGCUCUGUGGCUCUGCGGCUGUCGUUCGAUGCUCGGCUCUCGUGCCCGUCCGUGCCACAGUGUGUACCAUAAAAGCCGUUUCAGUGAGAGUUUGCGAUCCCGCGGGUACGGUCGGAACUAACGGGAAUACCUUACCAGCGUCUCUGUACGCGAAUCGGUUGCGGGCUGUGCGUGUGCCGUGUGGCAAUCGUUUUGCAAUAGAAAAGAUCCAGUUGGAGAAUGCCCCCCAAAUAAAUCUGUACAAAUCAAAGCCUCACGAAAUUGGUUGAUGCGAUCGCAAAAUGUGUGAAUAGUAGCAGGGAAAUGUGAAAAGAACGCAGAGCCGUAACAGCAGCGAACACCCAGAAAAUUCCAAAACAGAAACGCCGCACGCGUUUCCAGUGCGUUUCAAGUGCGUCUUUAGUCGCGUCAGUGUCGCGCGCUCUUUGCAGCGUGUCCCACAAAUUGUUUGCAAUCUGUUACAGCGAUAAAUAAAUUUUAAAUCAAAUACGCGACAAGGAAUCUGGCACAAUAAAAUGUUUCCAGUGCAGGGAGAAGUGUGAAAAGAGAGCGGAGGGAGAGCAGCAGCAAGAAGUUGCCACACAAAGGAACUGCAGAGGAGAGACACAGUACUAAGGCCGAGGCAACCACUGCCAUCAAAGCUCUGCCCACAGACUGCACAAACCACUCACAGAGCACAGAUCGAGAGAGCAGGGGCCACCAUGGGCCACCAGGCCUCGUUUUUCUGCUGCCGCCACUGCUGCUGCCUGCUGGUGUGCCUCGUCCUGUCCACGCUAAAUGGACCAGCGGCAGGAGCAACACGUGUCCGUGUCAGCUCCUCCACAACAAUGACACGCAACAUCGAGGAGGAGAACGCUUUACUUUUGCUUUUGGCUGGUCCGCCCGUGCUCUCCGAGUCCAUAAUGGGCACUGUCGGCCGACUGCCCUGCAACGUGACGCCGCCCAUUUACGAGGAUCGUGUGGCAUUGGUUAUCUGGUACAAGGUGGGCCUGAAGACGCCCAUUUACAGUGUGGAUACGCGGGACUCGAACUUUGCCCAGGGCACCCAUUGGUCAGACGAAACGUAUCGGGAGCGGCUGUCCUUUCACGUGGAAGGACGUGCCGGCACGCUGAGCAUCAAGUCAACAUCGGAGGACGAUACGGGCGAGUACCGGUGCCGCGUGGACUUCCAGAAGAGUCCGACGCGUAACUCCAAAGUGAAUUUAACAGUCAUAAUUCCGCCCGAAUCCGUCAUCAUUUUGGACAGCAAGGGGGCCACCAUCAAGGACCAUACACUGGGGCCCUACAACGAGGGAUCCGCCAUCAACAUCACGUGCGUGGCCAUCGGCGGUCGGCCACAGCCAAGGGUUACCUGGCUGCACGGGAAUACCAUCUACAAGAACGCCAGCGUGGGGCACUCCCUCUCGGAGCGGAGGGUGGGCAAUGUGCUAUCCCUGGCGCGCCUGGAGCGCAGGAAUCUCCACAUGAAGCUUACGUGUCGGGCGGAGAACAAUAAUUUGACAACGCCAAUUAUCAGCAGCGUCGACCUCGACAUGAACUUGCGUCCUUUGAUUGUUAAGCUGCAGGGCGAGAACCGGCCCCUGUCGGCGGGAAAUUCUUAUCAACUGAGUUGCGUUGUCAUCGGGGCACGUCCAGCGCCGACGGUUACCUGGUGGAAGGGCAGCAGCCCCAUGAAGAACACCCACGAGAUUACGAAUCCGGAUGGAAAUAUGACCACCUCCGUGCUAACAUUCACGCCCACCAUCGAUGAUCGCGGCAAGUUCCUGUCCUGCCGCGCCGAACAGAGCAUGAUACCCGAAUCGGGCCUCGAGGAUGGCUGGAAAUUGGACAUUUAUCAUAUUCCCGUUGUAAGCCUGGAGCUGGGCACCAACUCCCUGAAUGCGACACUGCGCGAGGGCAUCGAUGUCUUCUUCGAGUGCAACAUCAAAUCGAAUCCGUGGAUCUACAAAGUCAGUUGGCGGCACAAUGGCGCAAUCCUAGCCAACAAUCCCGCCGAAGGCAUUGCCGUGUCCAACCAGAGUCUGGUGCUGCAGAACGCCAGCCGUGCCCGCAGCGGCAUCUACACCUGUGUGGGCAGCAACCGGGAGGGCGACGGCGAGAGCAAUCCCGUCCAGCUGGAUAUCCGAUUUGCACCUGUCUGCCGCAGCGGCCAGAGGACCACCUACAGCUCCGGGCGGCACGAGACGGUGAAGGUGGCCUGCGAGAUCGAUGCCAAUCCCAUGGAGGCCAGCUAUGUGUGGAAGUUUAAUGCCAGCCAGGGCGAGACCGUCGAUAUACCCGCCUCCCAGGUGGCCGUCGACAGGGGACGGAGCAUCGCCCACUACACGCCCAUGACGGAGAAUGACUACGGCACACUGCUGUGUUGGGCCACCAACGAGAUUGGCGAUCAGAGCGACCCCUGCGUGUACACAAUAGUCCCAGCAGGCGAACCGGAUCCGCUGAUAAAUUGCACGGUGCUCAAUCAGACAUCGACGGGCUUCCAAAUCGAGUGCAUCGAGGGCUUUGACGGUGGCCUGCAGCAGGACUUUAUAAUGGAGGUUUAUGUGAAUGGAACGACACGCAAUCCCAAAUUUUCCAAAUCAAACCGACCGUACUUCGAGGUGAGCGGCCUGGUGCCCGGCAUGGGCUACAAUGUCUUCCUCAUCGCCCACAACAGCAAGGGACGGAGCAAUGCGACCAUUUUGCAGGUCUACACGCUGAAGGAUCCCGAGAAGCAGACGGUUAGAAUCACAUUUACGAAAUUCUAUCAGGGUCCCAGGCCCACCACAACCGCCGCAACGGCCACCACCAGCGACUGCAUCUGCGAUGAGGAGGAGUACCUUGGAGUGGGCAAGGGCAGGGGCAUGGUCCACGAUGCAGGCACUGACCCGGAUCAGGCAGAAGACCUGUCGCUGGCCUAUGCACCCGUCAUCGAGGACAUCCGGCCCUUCCUGGGCAUCCUGGCUGGCAUUGUGGGCAGCGUGUUCCUGGUGGCCCUCAUCAUUGUGAUUGUGGUGCGAGUGCGCGGCUCCUCGGGACGCGAUCGUAAUAAUUACUCGCAUCCGGGCAGCGGAGGCAACGUCGGAGGAGGUGGAGGAGGAGCAGGCGGUGGCACCGGCGUCCCUGGCAGUGGCGGCGGACCUGGUGGCACCAGCGCCAAUGGCAACGGCAGCAUGGGCCUCCUCGCGAGCAACAACAAUGGGAGCCUGGGCAUUGGGGCAACACUGGCGCACAAUGGCGGGCAAUCAGUGCAGGAUAUGCACCGCAUCGGCAGGGACACCUGCCACGUGACGAGCAGCCUGGACAGCAUUGACAAGAAUCCGGACAUCAUACCACAAGAUGGGCACGACGUGGACGAUGAGUGGACAACGAAGGGUCACAAUCGCGCCUAUGCCACGGCGGCCCUUGCCGAACAGAAUGCCGUCAUAACCUCCAGCACCUAUGAUCACCUGAUGCCCACGUAUGCGGUGGUCGACAAGAAGACGGGUGGCCCGCUGCCCGGCCCCGGCCACGGCCCCUAUAUACAGUAUAAUACGCUUAUUCCCGUUAGCAAAAUGGGCGCUUACGCCAAUCAACAGCAGCAGCAGCAGCAACAGCAGCAUCCACAUCCGCACCAGCAUCCGCAUCAGCAUCAGCACCAGCUCCAGGGUGGGCAGCAGCAACAGAAGACUGAACUCAGCUACAGCGAUUUGACAGCCCCCAUGGUGGGCAGCGCCGUGGGCGUUCAGCGUUUGGCGCCGUACUGCAGCGCCACAUUGGGCAGGCCGGGCCGCGGUCAGGCGGAGCUGAAGCGGGCCGAACCGAAUAUCUACUCGCAGGUAAAUGUCAUGAUGGACGAUGAGAUUCUGGCCGACCUCCAGGCAGCCACAGCGGCCGGUGGCAGCUAUGUGGCCGGCGCUGUGGUGGACAAUGUGGGCGGCCGUGGUGGCGCCUCCUCAUCCCUCUACCUACAGGGUUAUGCCACACGUAUCGAUCUGGCACACCAUCCCAUGCCCAUGUACUCCACCAGCCCGAUGUUCGCCACGAACAGCACCAUCACCGGAGUCACCAUGUCACAUCCAUCACAAUUGGCCACCUUCUCGCCGACGCCACCGCCGCCCAUCUUCACCCACAGCGUGAUGACCGCCACCGGUGAGGGUGGACUCCUACAGCCGGUGACCUGCAUGGGUCUUGUGGCAGCCACAUCUUCGGCAGCAGCAGCAGCAUCGGGACAACAACAACAACAACAGCAGCAGCAGCAUCACCAGCAGCAGCAGCAGCACCAUCACCAGACAACGGCCAAUGGCGGAAACGGAAGCAUUGUCGGCGUCAAUGUGGGCAUGAGCCUUUAUGGCAGCGAUGUGGGCAAGCCGCAGCUGCUGAAGACCGUGCCCGAGGAGAUGCACCAUCAGCUGAACGGGGAGGAUGUCCUGAUCGCCCAGGAUCGUAAUCAUGGCACUGGGACACGCUUCUGACGCUAAGCAUUGCCAAGUGGAGGCAGUGGCAGUGGAGCAGCUGAUCAAAGAGGCUGCCAGUAAAGAUCUGCACAGGAUAACCGACAGGAUCUUCGGAAGAAUCAGCCAAUCAAAAGUAAAAGUAAAGCCCGCAGGAAAAGUCGGGCAAUGGGGGAAUAAUUGGUAAACAAAUUGACUAUAAGUUGUAUGUGAUGGAGGAAGGAUUCUAAGGAUGGUUUUUAAAAGAGUCCUGGGCACUGGAUGGCAUGCCCAACGGAAGGACGGAACCUAGAACCUAGUUAGGGCACUUUUUAAGCGGCACAGUAGAAGGAUUGUGGGGCAAGGCAAAAGGAGGAGAGCUGAAACCUGUAAAAAUAUAACAAUAAAUAAAUUUUUGCAUAAAACGGAAAACGGAAGCCAGAACGGGGUGUGGCAACGCCCCCUACUUAGUCGUUUAAGCUGUCGUGUAAAUUAUGGAAUACAAUUAACAUUAAUAGCUCCUAAUUAUGGCUAAAAAACAAAAUUAAUAAACAUUUUGCAGCAGACACUGCACUGCAUUUUGCUGCACUGCAGCAGAAUAAAACUGAAUUGUUAAUAUAUUUUUAAAGAAAAGCAAAAGAAAAGACAGAGAGAAGAGCAGCUUAAAGCGGCAGGAAAAUGUGUGUGUUGGGGGAAAAUCCUUUAGCCAAGUAAAUCAAUUCGUGAAUGUUGUUAGCUUUUUGGUUCGUACUCCCAGAGAUCGCCCCCAGAUACAUCCACAUUAACCCACAUUAAACUCUUCAGCUUGUAACUAAGGCCUAAGAUAACUUAACAUAAAAGACAGAUAAAUCAAAUCAAAUCCAAUCCAGGUAGAUCUAAGACCCUACGCCCCCCCAUCUAGAUUAGGUCAAAUUGUAAUUAAACGAAUCGUCAAAAAGAAUUUAAAGGAAAUCUAGUGUUAAGGCAGCCUCCCAAGGGAGCAGCAAAUUCCAGUUUGCAUUUUAUACGUAAAGAAAAUGGACAAAAAAGCAGAAAAAAAGAUCGAACUCUAGCUUAAGCCACUAAUACUAGUACUAAAUACCAAAAUGGAGGAAAUAAAAAUAGCAUACAUUUAAAAUUAAACAAUAAAAUGGAUAACAGAAAAAUAAAAUAAUUCAAAUGCCAAGCAGCUGCAUGUAAAAUAUUUAAAACUGAGAAAUGUAAUAAGUUUUAGG